ACAAUAAAUAAUAUUUUAACAUAUUCACAAGUGCACCAGUUCACAUUGGCUAAUGAAAAUGAAGCAAUUCGUUUGGUUUCUAGCUUUAGCUUUGCUAGUUAAUAUUGUCGUUGGCCGAGCAGUGAGCAAAAAAAAAGAAGAACAACAAGUCGAAGAACACCCUGAACCAAGCGUACAAGAGGAUGCUCUCGAGUAUGAACGGUACUUGAAAGAAGUAGUAAAUGCAUUGGAAACUGACCCCGAAUUUAGGAAAAAACUAGACAAUGCCACCGAUGUCGAUAUUCGCUCUGGUAAAAUAGCUAACGAAUUGGAGCACGUCAAUCAUCAUGUCCGGUCGAAAUUGGACGAAAUCAAAAGACGCGAGAUUGAAAGACUUCGACUGGCUGCCAUUAAGCAUUAUGAACUCACCAAUGACAUAGACCGUGAACAUUUGAAGAUUGCCGAUCACAGGCAUGUAGAUCACGAAAAUCCCCACACUUUUGAAAUUGAAGAUUUGAAAAAAUUGAUUCACAAAACAUCCGAAGAUUUGGCUGAGGCUGAUAGAAAACGACGUGAAGAUUUCAAGGAAUAUGAGAUGCAAAAGGAGUUUGAAAAGCAAGAAAAACUGCGUGCAAUGGAUGAAGAACACAAAAAACAGUACGAAGAAGAAUUGAAGCGUCAAACCCAAAAACACAACAAACACGAGCGUAUUCAUCAUCCAGGAAAUAAAGCUCAACUCGAAGAAGUUUGGGAGAAGCAGGAUCACAUGGAGGCAGCCGAUUUUGAUCCAAAAACAUUCUUUAUGAUGCACGAUCUUGAUGGCAAUGAUUUCUGGGAUGAGACUGAAGUGAAAGCAUUGUUCGUAAAGGAAUUGGAUAAAGUGUAUCAAUCUGGCCUUCCCGAAGAUGAUAUGCGCGAACGUGUUGAGGAAAUGGAACGGAUGCGAGAACAUGUGUUCCGUGAAGCUGACACAAACCAUGAUAAUUUGAUUAGUUUAGACGAAUUCAUCGCACAAACCAAGCGUGAAGAAUUUAAUCGUGAUCCAAACUGGGAUACAGUCGAUAAUCAGCCGCAAUUCACACACGAAGAGUAUUUGGAAUUUGAACGACAUCGGCAAGAAGAAAUUCAACGAUUGAUUGCCCAAGGAGCGCUGCCACCCCAUGCAAAUAUGCCACAGGGUUAUUACCCUAAUCAACAACAGCAACAGUAUCAAUAUCAAGGAAACUAUCCUCAACAAGUUCAAAUGCAUCCUAAUCAAGUGCAUCCAGGUCAAAUCAAUCAGGGACAAGUGUAUCCCAAUCAGGCCUAUCCAAAUGCUCAAAUCCAACAGCCCAUUGGACAAGUAAAUCAGGGGCAAAUGCAUCCAGGACAAAUUAAUCGAGGACAAGUGCAACCUGGUCAAAUGAAUGCAAAUCAAAUUAACACACAGUAUCAACAAGGCAACGCACAAUACCAGCCUCCAUCGAAUAUUGGCAAUCAAAACAUCAAUAAUCCCAAUAUUAAUGUAAAACCCGCUGGUCAAACUGGUAACCAACAACAGUUCCAACAAGCUGGUAAUCAGAACUUGAAUGCAAUUCCUGUUGCGGCCGCACAAAAUUCGGCUAAUUUAGCGCAGAAUCAAGCUAACGUACAAUACCAACAACAGCCAAAAAUACCAGAAUCGAAUUUGAAUCAAAUAAACGCAAACGCCAAAGUGGAGACCAAAAAUUAGAGCCGUUCAAAGUCUCACCUAACGAAAACGAAUUGAAGGAUUUGGAUAUCUACUUUAAGGCCGUAAUUUAAUGUUUCUACUCUCUUUUUCUUACUUCACGAUCGUAAUUCAAAGAACAUGAACAAUUCUUCCAAAAAUAAAAUGUCGAUUUUUUAUUUCAAUAAUACACCCAACUGAAUUCACUAUGAAAUUGUUUUACGCAAAUUUUAUUCAAUUGUAAAAAGAAUUCCAUCGAUGUGAUAAUAAGUACUAAAGAUUCAAAAUUUUAUUUAAAUAGUCUCAUUUGUUUUUCAACAAUAAAAAAUUACAAACAUUUUCGUUUUGUAAAUUGGUUUGUA